AUGGAGUUGCUGAAGUACUUAAUUUGUGUCCUUUUGGCCACCCAGUGGACUACAGCUUACCCAACGUUUUCGAACUUACCUCAGAUAAACCUUGACAAACUCAUGGGGAAUAUUGUUGACGUUGUCAAUGCAGGAAUAAACUUGCACUUGCAAACUCAGCAUAAAAGUGAAAGUGGAAAAGAUGGCGAUAGACUUUACGGUGGAGAUUCCUAUAGCAAGGGACAAUCUGGUGGUGGCCCACCAAUUAUUGGAGUCUCUAAAUAUGAUAUCAUAGAUCUAAAGUCCACAAAGCCGAAUUAGGGUAACUCCUUCACGCAUAUUAAAACAAGUAACUGGCAUAAGAACCCCAUGUGAAAUGUAAAACAGGUUCUGUAACUACCAUAAAUGAAAUUUGUUAAAUUCUGAACAUUUCAUUAAGUGCCAUAUGCUUUCAUA